UGCUUUAGCCUGUUUCCUCGUUAUCUUCCCCGGAAGAUCUCUGGCCGCGCGGAGCACCUGACCGUGGCGGUUACAGACGGCUGGGAAAUGAGGGAAACGUCGCUGCUUUGCUGGCCAUAACCUUCCGCGAACUGGGAAAACGGCUACGGGAUGCCUACGUCCGCCUUGUGUGAGCGUUAAAAGGGGCAGCGGGACAGUUCUCGGUCGUCGGUCGCGAUGAAGCAAGGCGGCGGCGGCGGCGAGGCGGUCGUGACUGCCCGGUGAAUGAAUGGCGCAGAGAGAGCUGGGUGAAGUAACAAGGCUUGUUUGAAUUGAACGCGUACAAAGAGACUGCUGCUAUUUUGUAUUUAUUUAUUUAUUAUUUUUUUAUAAACACUACGUCACCACGCCUGUUGCCAUGGACCUAUAAACACCUGCAGGAGAAGAAGCACCUGGUCUGAGUGAUCUAUUGAAAUGGCGAACUGAACACUCAUAUUUCCUGUCAAGCCAAGGUUAGCUGAAGGUACUUACUGAAGUGUAAGGACAAGGAUGUUCGGUGUGAAUGCAAACUGGACAUAAUUCACAUUUAUGUCUACAAUUGCUCAUCAGGGAGGCAAAUGGAAAACAAAAUGAAAGCCACAUGUCACAUCAGUGGAAAUUAAAGGUACUCAAGUGUAAGGACUGAUCCCCAAGGGUAUGAAUGCAGAGUGAACAUAAUGCACAUUAAUGUGUGCAGCCACUCAUAAGGGAAGUGAGAGGCAACUUGUUCAAUGCUGGACAACAAAAUGAAAGAGACAUGUCGCAUCUGUGGACGGGAUCUGUGCGGCAACCAGCGCCGGUGGAUCUUCCACCCGACCGCCAAGCUCAAUCUGCAAGUGCUGCUGUCACACGCUCUCGGCCAGGAGCUGGGGCGGGAUGGUCGCGGGGAGUUCGCCUGCUCCAAGUGCGCCUUCAUGCUGGACCGCAUGUACCGCUUCGACACUGUGAUCGCCCGGGUGGAGGCCCUCUCCAUCGAGAGGCUUCAGAGGCUCCUACAAGAGAAACAUCGGCUCAGGCAGUGCAUUGGCGGACUGUACAGGAAAACAAACUUGCUGGAGAAUGCCCUAACUUCUGCAGAGGAUGGUGAUGCACCAGGAGACGGGAUGGUGGAUAUUUCAGGCCUCACCCACGCCAAGUACUGUGCCCUCCUCCAGGAGGACCUAGUCUACUCUUUGUAUGAAUCCUGGGCCGACGAUAGUGUGGAGUGCCACCAUCACCAACACCCCCAGUCUUCAGCUGGGCUAGGGUCGGAGGUUGCAGGAUCUCACCGUUGUAUAGCCACCACUCCUAGAAAAUGUCAGGGUUGUUCCCAUUGGCGUGUGGCAGACUCUGACUAUGAAGCUGUUUGUAAGGUGCCCAGGAAGCUCGCGCGGAGCACGUCCUGUGGCCCCUCCACCAGAUAUUCUGCCAGUGUCAUUGGAGGCAGCGGUGGAGGUGCGGAAGUAGAGGAAAAAGAAAAUGGUGAUGAGCCAGAUGAACCGCCAUCCUCUCUGACACUCGUUCCUGGUUCUCAGGAUGUGUCAAGGACUUCAGAUAGCGACCGCACUCUAGCAGGAAGAGCCAGCUCCAGCCCCUCUAUAGCAUCCCUGGAGACAACCGAGGACUACAUUCACCCUGGAUGCACGACAGAUGAACUGUUGAACUCCCCCAAGGACCAGAUAUCUGACACCACCCCCGAGGGACCUCCACAUGGCCAAUCCUUCCCUGCACCAAGCUUCUCUGUGGCCCUUUGUUUGCUACAGAAUUAUGCUGUCCACCGACCGGUCCAAAGCACCAAGGGCAGUAAAAUUCCAGUGCUGCUUAAACGGCGCUCCAAUCAUGGAAGGUUGGACUUCCCUUAUCCAGUUCUUGAACUGACCUUUGGAAGUCCGGGUGGUGACAGAUACCACCGCAUGCCGACACCUGAACUGGAGGCCCCCCUGAUCCAACUGCACGUUGGGCCGGACCGUGGUCUUAACUCGGCUGGUAUCGAAGACUUUUCGGAAGAUGUUUACAUAGAAUAUCCACCACCAAAUCCACACCAGGUUCGACUUCAACCCAGGUGUCUGAUAUUUGUGAGCAAAUAUUCCCACAGACCCGCUCCUGAAAGAUAUUCGAAACUGUCCCAUUACUUUUGGAACCUUGUUGAGGAGCAGCAGAGCCAGCUUAACCAAUAUGAGUGUGCAGCCGGCCAGUGUGUCAGCGAGCUCCAGAAGGCCCAGCUGCAGGUCCAGUCCCUGCAGGCCAAAAUCCACGAGAGUGAUUCCAACAAUAUGAAGCUCCAGGAGAAGCUGAGUGAGAUGGAGUGUGAGCUUCAUUCCCUCCGCCAGGCUGCCCGGAGUCAGGAGAGAACCAUCCGGGACCUCACGGAGUCCAUUAGCACCAAAGACUGCGAGGCCCAGGAGUUGUAUCAGCUGGUCGAGGGGCAGAACGUCACAUUAUACAAGCUACGAGAGAUGGCCCACCGUAACCAGCUCACGCAAAGCAAGGCUGCAGAGUGGGUCAGUGAAUCCGUGACACUCGCCCAGCUGCAGGGAGAGCUGGUAGGAGUACAGAGCUCCCUGUUCUCCAUGGGUCUGGAACUGGAGGCCAGCCAGAGAAGUCUCAGACAGAGUCAGCGACAAGGCAAAGAUCUGGCCCGCUUCAAAGACAGACUGAACGCGGACCUGCAGGAGGCGCUGCAGCACAGGGAAGAGACUGAAAAAUACAAUCAGGACCUGCGUUGCACCCUCCAGAAAAUUCGUGCCGAGCUGCAGGCUAAAGAAAAGGCUCUGAAGGAAGCUGUGGGAGAGAGACUCACUGCUGUCCAAGAAAAAGACAGAAGCAUCGCACAGCUCAAUCACUCUCUUCAGGACAAAGAGCGACAGUUACAAGAGUACUCGGAGAUGAUAGAAACACCAGAAGGCUCCAAACCAAGAGAUGCACUUCUUGAGAAACUAAGAGAGCGCAUUAAAGACAGAGACAGAGCUUUGGAGUGCUCCAUCGAUGACAAGUUCCGCUGUCUGGACGAACGUGAGGGUCAAGUGAGGACGCUACAGCUGGCGCUCAGGGAGAAGGACAGAGACUUGGACAGGCUCCGCUGCAUCCUAACCAACAACGAGGAGACCAUCACGAGUCUGGAUGCUCUAGUGCGAGGAAAAGAGGUGGAGCUGGAGCAGGCAGCCGAGGCCUACAGGAACCUCCAGUGGCUGAAGCAGCAGAGUGAGGAGAAGGAGAUGAACGCUUUGAGGGAGAAGGACACCAUCAUCGGUCAGCUACAAGCAGCACUGCAGGCUCGCAGCAAGGAGACACAGGAUUUGACAGGAGCACUAGUCGCCAGAGUUCAUGCUGGCCCCACCGAGGUGGUAGAGGAGCUGAAGGCUCGGCUCCAGCUGAAGGAGAAGCUCUUCCAGGAACUGCUGUCUGACCGUAGCCGCCAGUCAAGCGAACACCAAACACGAGUGUUAGACCUGCUCAACACCCUCAGUGCCAAAGACCAGUACCUGCAGGACAACUCAUACAGGCUGUCCUUGGUGAUAAGCGAGCGCACAGGUCAGCUGCAGGAGGUGCGCAGGCAGCUGUCGCAGAGAGAACAGGAGCUGUGCGAGCUGAACCAGGACAAACAGAGAGAGACGGGCGGGGAGUUGCAGCAUCUGCAAGGUCUUCUCCGAGAGAAAGAAGCCUUACUUAAGGAGAUGAUGCAAAGCCAGGAGGAGGUAAUGAUGCAGUCAUCUACAGAGAGUGAGGAAAAUGUGAAGGCCCUCCAGGAAGAGCUGCAAUUAAUCCUCAAGAAGGAGAUGGAAGCCCAGAGAGAACUCUCUGCUCUGCGUUCAUCUUUGGCUGCGCAGCAGGCAAAGAGAGUCGCAACAGAAAGUACCGAACAUGUGCUGGAGCAGCUUGUGUCAGAGUACCGUCAGUUGAAUGGUGCCCUGAGGGCCGAGAAGAGAUUAUACCAGAGUCUCAAUCACGCAACCGGUGACAGCAGCUCAGACAAGAUCCUGGCCCUCCACACUCAACUAGACUCGGUUCAGGCACUCCGCGGACAGCUUGAGGAGGUCCUAGCCCGGAUUCAGAACAUGGCCCUCGAGUUGGAAAGGGCUGCCAAAAGGCAGCCUGACUUAGGAGAUGUCAGCUCUGGUGAGGAAGAGGAGGGGGAUGAUGAAGACGGCAGCAGCGACGAGUUCACAGACAGCAUCGAGGAGGACGAGAAAGUGACAUCUGCAAGUUUGCCUUCCAAUCAGACUAAAAGGCCCUGUGGACAUGAAGAAGAGUGUGGAUUCCUGAGGACUAGCACACAGACAGUUGAACUAGAGCUGAAAGAAAUACAGUCACAGCUCGAGAGGGAGGGAUUCACCUCGGUGACCCAGAUGAGGAGCACGCUGGAAAGGCUUCAAAAGGAGAACCUGUUCCUAAAAGAACAUCAGGGUUUGGGAUCAAACCACAGGAGACUUGACCAGGGACAGGAUGAUGAUGAUACUGAGAAGGAGGAGGAAGAGGAGGACUACAUGGAAGAUGAUGAAGAGGGGCUAACAUCAUCAAUGCCUGAUAAGGGCUUCAAGCAUACAGGGGGCGUUAGCGAGGCAGAGCAGGGUCUCAGGGAGCAUUCGGCCAGGCUUUGUUCCGAGAACCGAGAGCUGCAGGAGAGGCUGAUGGUGUCUGAGGCCACCGUCCACGCUCAGGCCGAACAACUCAAGGACUACAGAGACCUGCUCACCGAGACGACUGUGCAGCAGGCCAGUAAGCAGGUCCAAGUGGAUCUGCAGGAUUUGGGCUAUGAGACUUGUGGACGCAGCGAAAAUGAAGCAGAGAGGGAGGACGCCAGUAGCCCAGAGUUUGAUGACCUCGAGAUGUGCACGUCAUUGUCUCAUCAGCAGGAGGAGAGCGUGGGUGGAGGCUGGUACGCUGCCGGAAGAAACAGACAUAACGGAGGGGCAUAUGAAGAAAUUGCGGAUAAGUCAACUUUGCAGCACCUUGUCCAAGACCUGCGCUCCCAGCUGACCCGCUGCCACAAAGUGAUCCGUGGGCUUCAGAUGCGUGUGCGCUCCCUGUCGGCCACAAGCGACUACGCCUCCAGCCUGGAGCGAACCUCACGCAAGGUAAACUGGGCCUUUGAGAUGUCACCUGCCCAAGGGGGCGUGGAGGAGGAUGAAGGCUGGAUGUCCGACACCCAAGCAACUUCACUCGGGCCCAAACCCAGUCGCGAGCUGCAAGAACUGAUGGCACGUGUUGCCACGUUGGAGGCACAAUUGAAGAGCUCCAAGCUAGAGGGGAAGAACCAAGCGGAGGAGGGCAAAUGUGCCACAUGGCCUGGGAAGUACAACUCUCUCAUCCAGGCCCAAGCCCGUGAGCUCUCCCACCUGAGGCAGAGGAUGAGAGAGGGUGAAGGAGUCUCCCAUAUACUCACCCAGCAUCUGGGCGACACCACCAAGGCCUUUGAGGAGCUACUGCGGGCCAAUGAUGUUGACUACUACAUGGGGCAGAGCUUUAGAGAGCAGCUUUCACAAAGCACCGCGCUGGCUCAGAGGCUGCUCACCAAGAUCAGCGGACGAGCGGAGAGCCCUGAUGACAAGACAGGUCAUGAGUUGCUCGCCCUGCAGCUAAGCAAAGAACUUCAACAGAAAGAUAAAAUCAUCGAGUCUCUCCACAACAAGCUGCAGCACCGUCCUGAGACACCAUCCAGCUGCCAAGCCCUCUCGGAGACCACCGACCCAUCAGACAGGACCUCCUUUGUGUCGGAUGAGUGUCAAACCAAUGAAGACCUGGAUCUGUGCUCUGAUUUAGACGCCCGAGAGUAUCAGGAUGAGGAACAGCGGCUACAAUCCGAUCAAGAUGCCCAUCCAUCUAUCACUCCUCCUCGUGGACCCCUCCAACCCUCCCUCAGCUGUCCCGGCACGCUUUACUCAGCUUCUGUGGGUUUGACCAGUCCGUCCUUUAAAGCCCCUCUCAGUAUUCCCCUUUCCUCGUCCUUCCCUCCCCCUCGUGACCCUGAUGUCCGGGGUAAGGAGGUCACAAGUGACCCACGCCUUAGAGCCCUGUCUGUGAUGGCUGUUCGCCCAGAGCUGGACACAUUGUACAAACAGAUGAAUGAGCAGAUAAGGGGGUUCCCGGAUCUUCCCGGCAAGCCUCGGUUUGCUCUCUCACCCGGUUCCCCCAACCAGUGCGAGCUCUCCGGCUACAGCCAGCUACCCCAUCACACCUUUCAACAGUACCAGUUGGGCGGCAUUCCUGAGGGUCACUCGCUCAAGUCAGACUCGGGUCUGCUGACAGGAGGAGGGGCUUUCUGGGACAUGGACAACAUGACUCAGCCUAUGGGGAACUAUUCUGGAGUCCCUGGACAUCUCCUAGGAAGUACCCAGACAGGGCCGAAUGUAAUUGAAGAGCACCUACGAGAGGUGCGCUGUCUCCGCCAGCGUCUGGAAGAGUCCAUUCGGACCAACGAGAGGCUCCGACAGCAGCUGGAAGAGAAACUUGCGAACCCUGGGCGUGACGGAGGUGCACCAACAAACAUCUACAUUCAGGGGCUGGACACAGUCACACAUCUGUCUAAUGAAAUCAGAGUCCUGACAGACGAGAAUUUGAAUCUGCAGUCUCGUCUGCAGGCCAGCACAGACUCAUGUGAGGAGCUGAUCGCAGCGCGCACUCGCCUCAAGCAGGCCGAACUAGAGGCCGAGCAGUGGAAGGAGGAGUUGAGACGACUUCAGACGCACAGUGAGGAGCAGGGACAGCAGAUCCACGACUUGAGGCAGGAGAGGCAGGCCAGCCAGGAGAAGAUCAACAGAGUGCAGCACGAGGCGUCUCUACUACAGCAGCAGCUGGGUGAGAGCAGGGAGCUCAUUCACUCCCUGCAGACUGAACUGCAUGUUUAUGAUCGAGUGUGCUCCAGCUUUAAAUCCACCAAAGGCUACCUGUGCGAGACCCCCGGCCUGCCCGUGGAGUUGGGUGAGCUACUGAGCGAGGUGAGGAGUCUGCGAGCCCAGCUGCAGACCAGCGUCCAGGAGAACAGCGCCCUCAAGCAGCUGGAGCUCCACAAGCAGCUGGAACAGAAGCUGGGCGGCGGCUCCCCUCGCACGGCGUCCCUGUCGGCCUUCAGCGCCAGCCCGCAGAGAGAACAUUUCUACAGGCGACCGUUGCUGCACGACCCGGCCCCGUCUCCACCGGUCAGGGACAUUGGUCUCUUUAACUGUGGAUCUCCCUGUCCCCCGUACUCGGACCAGGAUGACAGCCAUAGCACUGCCAACGACCCUCUUGACCUUCACUCCGAGCUGGAAGGUGACGCCCCCGACGGCUCGUUCGCCAACCGUUAUGGCCGCCACGCCGUCGGUCACGUGGACGACUUUACCGCUCUACAACAGCAAGUCUUGGAAGGUCGCGGCAUCGUGCAGCGCAUGGAGGCAGCGCUGCAUGCAUGCCUGAGCCCCCCUUCACCAUUAGGGGGCACCCAGAAACAGAACAGUGAGAUGUUCUUGGAUCAUGGCAGUGCUAAGAGUCUCCUAUCCAACACCAAGACCCUGAGGCAGAUUUUGGAGGAGACAGCAUCUCUUCUGAAGAUGUUUUGGAGGGCGGCGCUGCCCAGCGCUGACGUGUCCAUCCCGAACCUGAAGAAGGAGCAGUCUAUGCAAGAGGAGAUCUUGUCCCUGAAGCUACGCAUGUCUGAGCAGGAGGAGGUCCUGAAGGGGACGAUUCACAGACUGAGGAGCACCAGCCGCACCAAGGAGAGCAUGGAGCAUUUCAUAGUCAACCAGUUGUCGAGGACUCGUGAUGUUUUGAAGAAAGCCAGGACAAAUUUGGAGAAGAACGAGCAGAGACUUUCCUCUCUAAGCUCCUCCUCUUCCUCUCCCUAUGCCGCUGAGAAACCAGGAGGUGACGCCCGAGAGCAGCCUGUUGAUGUCCUUUGCCUGAGGACCGACGGCAUCAAAUCAAGCCAAUGUCCGGUCGCUCCAGUGGCCAGGAAGCGCACCAGCCAAUGCUUGCUUUAGACCACCUAACAACCAGCCUCAAUGCCACCACCUGUGACCUCAAUAUUAAAAAUAGCCAAGACUUUCCCCCUCCUCUUUAGCCUCCAACUUCAACCAGGCCUUGACAAACUCCCUUCACUCUCUUUAGCCCCCAAAACUCCAGUUAAUGAUGUUCUUUGAGUGUAACUGUCAGCAGUGUGUGUGACAGAAGGUGUGUGAAAUGUGUCCGUGGUGGUUUCAAUGACAAGCCGGAUAGAGCGGCUUGAAGAUGCUCCCGAACGGGGGAGCGCCUUCUUCCGAAAGCCUGCGGAGGGGAAAAGGUGUUUUGUGCAUGUUAAAAUGAGGUUUGUGAGAGGAACACUGCACACACAUACAAGUCUGGGGUCACUUAGUCAUGUUUUUUUUAUUAUGAUUAUUUUGAACAAAAGCACUAUGACUAUUUCAUAUCAUACUCAGUUCACACUCACUUCAUCCAGUUUAAAUCUUUCAAAUCCCACUCAUCUCCUGUCACUUCCAGUGUUCCACAGGGUUCUGUUCUUGCCCUCCUUCUGUUUAUCACUUAUCUCAUUCUCCUUGCCAAUAUCCUCAAUAAAUAUAAAAUCUAUUUGUACUGCUAUGUGGAUCACACCCAGCUCUACCACUCUGCUAAUUUUAUCCAUUAACUUUUUUUCUGGUGUAGCUAAAACGGUGCCUAGUGCUGCAUUUCGGCUUGGGCAUUUUCCCCUCCCCCACUAUUUAAUAACUUGAGCGCCCUCAUUCGCAUCAGCAGUUAUCUGGCGCAAUUGCAACAUGCAGUUAGCUAGCUAGCUAUGCCUACACCCCCCCGAAAAUGCAUCUUCCCUUCAGAUGGUGGCUGCUUUAGAGCGCCUCGUUGUCAGCUGUGAGUGCGAGCACAUCACCCAGAGUAAGGCGGAAAAGUGAGCAGGGGGAAAUUCUAAAAAAUAAAUAAAAAGUCAGUAGAGGGUGUGGACCAGGGCGUAAACACUGGGAUUAAAAUAAAUAAAUAAAUAAAUGUAGUUAUUAAUGUGGUAAAAGAAAAAAUGUUUAUCUAAACAAAUAAUAAUAAGGACAUUUCUAAGUGAUCCCCAAAGUUUUGAACGGUAUUUGUAUUUAUACAGUUGUGUGUUUUCGCUGGAAACCUGACAUUUUCUGGUUGAUCCCAAUCUUUUGAACAGUAGUGUGCAGUGUGUGUUGUCAAGGAAAGUUCACUCAAAGUCCAAGAAAACAAAAAUCCUUAAUUACAACAAUCACCGAAUUUGUUUUCAUCUUUUUGCUGAGGCAAUGCAUCAAAUUCGCUGACAUUCACAAUAUAUCAGCAGACAAAAUGGAGGAAUGUUGGCCUGGGAGCUGUUUUGUGGCUGUAUAUUUAAUAUUUUCCACAUCCAUCUAUUGCAAGUCAUAGAUACCAGCAAAUGGCUCCGUGUUUUGUCCACAGCCUCCUUUUCGGUUCUUCAAGUGGCAAAAUUUGGCAUUUCUAACAAGCAUGUGUGCUGAAUUGUGAGGUUGAACUGCCGCAAAAAAAAAAAAAAAAAAAUGAGCAUGUGCAAUAACGCUUGAAUGAUCACACUGGAGUGUCGCAUGAUCGUGAUUGUAAAAAAAAAAAAAAAAAAAAGAAGAAGAAGAAAAAAAAUCACGUUAUAGGACGGGAGAUUGCCAUUACUUGCCAAAGUUUGAACUUUAACUUGCCUUAACCAUGUGAGUGAGAAUUUA